GCAUGUUAUUUACAAAUAUUUCUUUUUCGAAUGUAUGUACGCAAUAAAUUGCGUGUGUGUAACAUGUGUUAUUUAAAAUUCAACCAAUCAAACAUGACUAUCGUGUCCCUAACACGACGCACGCGCAUGAGGUCUGCAUGUAUAUAUCACGUGUACAUACAUAUGUAUGUACAUACAUAUAACAUCCAUACAUCCAUACAUAUUUUUCGGAGCCAUGUAGGAGAGUUUAGCAGUUUAGUUCUUAUAUAGAUGUUUGUGGCCACGUAUUGGUGCCUCGAUGCUAACUUUAUUAGACGGCGAACGUAUGUAGGUAUGUAUACGUAUCUACAUACGUUUCGUCUCCACCGUAUUACGUAUUACAGAGCUUAGAAAGAAGAGACGAGUAGACGACGACGACGACAAGUCGCUGACCAAUUAAUCGAGACCCUCCAGGACAUAACCGGCCCCGGCUCUCGCACUCACACACACGUGCAUACGUGCGCUCUCACGAUCUCUCGGGCUCUUCUUUGUAUUGACCCACCCACACUCCGGGCUCCGGGACCUCUUCGGGGCGUUCGUCUUAUUGUCAGAUUGCUCUCAACCUUCGCGGCCGCCGCCGCGAUCGCGCCGAAGAUCGGAGAGCGAGCCGAGACGGCCGAGACAAAGGCCGGAGAGCGGAGUCGAGGGCGAAGAAUUUAAAAGAGUGCCGGAGUCGUCGCGAAUACGCCGGAUCGAUCAUGGAACGGCGCGCAUCGCGCCUCCGUGCGACGCGAGGCCCUCGCGAGCGCGCAGCGUCCUGAAAAGAAACCGGAACGGAAGGGAAUAGCUGCACGGAAUUCAGCAGCGAGAGAGAGAGAGAGAGAGAGAGAGUGUGUGUGUGUGUCCGCGGCUUCGGCCCGCGUCUCGUUCGCGUUUCCACUGGGCGUCACUGUCGGGGAGUCGGGGGCCAGCGGCAUCCGGGGGCGGCGGACACGAGGCACGACACGACGCAUGAACGCGCCCCGCGGUUCGGAGGUUGAGAACCGCUCCGAUAACUUGUCGCAGGUGAACGUUUUGUUGUCCUCGGCAGAACAAUGACUUCGGGUUACUUCACUCUACCGAUUAAUAUGGACAGAGUAUGCAGGAUCUGUCUCACCGAGGGCACCAAUCUGUCGUCGAUUUUCUCCUCUACUCAAGAAGUGAACGAUCUCACGGAUCUCUCUCAAAAAAUACAAGUCUGUGGCUCCAUCGAGAUACACGAGCAGGAUGGAUUACCUUCCCUGAUAUGCGACGUCUGUAUUUAUAAGGCCAGUGUCGCCCACGAGUUCAGGCAACAGUGUCAACACUCGGACGCGAGGUUGCGAAUGUACUAUAAUAAGCCUGCCAAAAUGAAAUCUGCCACGGAUUUUCAAGAUUCUUGUACACAGACAGACCAAACAAGAUUCCUAUUUUCGAAAAAGCCAGACUUCCAGGAGGAUUAUUUUGCGAAGGACGACAUGCAGGUGGUUGAGAGUGAGCAAGAGUACAUUCAAACCACCGACUCGUUUCCCAGAAGCGAAGUCAGUCUGAAUGCCAAUCAAAUUCAAAUGCCAUGCGAAAAACUGUUCAUCUGUUCCAUUGGAUUUGAAAGUGCUAAAGAGGAGGGGAAGGAUUCUUGCAUAUCGGAGACCGAAGUUCACCAAAUGACGAUAGCUCAGGAAGAUGCGCAGGAUACGUCUAACAUCAUCAGUUUGCAAAACAAGGAUGACGACAUGAAGGAGGCCGAACAGUAUGUAGAGAAGAACAGUGUAGAUCAGGAGGAGCAGUUCGUCAAUGAAAGCUUGUCCAAUGAUAAUGUCGAAGAAGAGGAAAGCGUCCCGCAAAAACGUACGUCUGCGAGAAAGACGAAGUCGGCACCCGCUAAAACGUAUAGCGACGACGAGAUUGCUGACAAUUAUUACGAGCCGAGCAGCGACAGUCAAGAUUCAGUGGAGUUGAAAUUUAAGUGUAAGGUCUGCUCCAAGCAAUACGCCACGCAGAAAGGUCUGAAGAAGCAUUCGUUGGUCCACGAGAAGAAGUACAAAUGUGAUGUCUGCUUAAAGAUGUUUUACAAACAGGAGAACAUGGAAAACCAUCAGAAGAUUCAUACGUCGAAGCCGCACGCGUGCCAGCUCUGUCACGCGUCCUUCUCAAAAUCUCAGAGUCUCGUGAGACACUUGAAGUCGCACACGGAGAAAGUGAACGAUAUGAUUAAGCAGAUCAAUACGAGCGAGCGAAAGGAUAAUAAGGAACCGAAGAAAGAGCUCAAGAGCGAGGACGAUACCGACGAUGAGACCGGGCCUGCAAAUGAGGCGGACGAAUUCGAAAACGCGCCCGAGUUGUACAAAUGCGAGAUUUGCAACCAAUAUUGUUCAUCCUUGAAGAACCUAAGAAGACAUGCCCUCGUGCACGGCGACAAGAAAUAUUCUUGCACCGUGUGUAAAAAAUGGUUUUUCAGGCCGGACACGCUGAAAAAACACGCGGAGAAGCAUGGGCACGGGCUGUUGGAUAAUUUGGUGGAUGACAACAAGCUGUACGAUUCGGACGACGACGAUAUGCCAGGCAACACGAUGGAUACCCCGCAAGAGAGCGAGAACGUCAAGAAGGAGGAGAGCGACGAGGAAGGAUCCGGAGAGUACAAGUGCCAACACUGUGACAAGGUCAUGGCUACCAAGAAAGGUCUGCGACGGCACGUGUCGAUGCACAAGCCGAAGGCCGAGCCCGUCACCUGCGAGAUCUGCAGGAAAGUCUGCGCUAGUCAGGCUCGUCUCGUUCUCCAUCAGAGAACGCACAAGCCGAAGGAGAAGGUGCCGCGCGAGUACCUGUGCCACAUCUGCAGUAAGGUAUACCCGAGCAACUCGUCCCUCACCUAUCACAUGCGAACUCACACCGGCAUCAAGCCGCACGUGUGCAAGACGUGCAACAGCGGCUUCACGACCACGACGAGCUUGGCGAAUCACAUUCGCAUUCACACGGGCGACAAGCCGUUUGUCUGUCACGUGUGUAGCGCCGCGUUCGCUGUGAGCUCGGCUUUUCGCCGACACCUGACCCGGCACACCGGCGAGGCGAAUUACCUGUGCAAAACCUGCGGCAAGGCCUUCAAGAGGCUCAGCACGUUGAAGGAGCACACGUACACUCAUUCCGGUGAGAAACCGUACGUGUGCAAGACGUGCGGCGCCGCGUACAGCCACAGCGGCAGCCUCUUCGCGCAUCAGAAACGCUGCCGCGCCCAGUACGGCGAGAUGAUUGUCGACGAUCACAAUCAUCAUCACAUACCGCACACUGUCACUCAUAUCCACGUGAAUAUGAAUAACGUGAAUAACGGGGCGGGAGUGCGACCGGUCGCUGUGAUAGGUCAAAUGUUCUAAGAACGAAGACGAAGUGGUGUCACAGAUUACAAGCGUUGUCCGCGAGUGUCUGCGACGGAUGUCAUGUAUAAGCUGUUGCUACUGUAGCUGUAAAAUCCUGCACGAAAGGCAUGCGACAUAAGCUACACGUCAUCUCUGUAAAUAUACGCAGCUCUUGUUUUCAUAAUGGGAAACGUUCCUUGGACAUGCACGGAAAGACACUAACGUUUUGCUUUAAAAAACACGUAAAUGAGUAUCCGUGAUGUAAUAAAGUUAAAUGUAUGUUUAUACGAGGAAUGAAGAGUUUUCGAAAUGGAAUAAUUACUAUUAUUAAAAUUGCGAACUAUUUUUUUAUAAUUUGAUAUCAUAGGUAUAAAUAUUUGUGGAUUCCACAUAUUUCAACAUAUGUACAUAUAUGCAUAUAUAUAUUUUUGUAUGUAUUCGUAUAAUCCAGAUCUUGUUGUACCACAUAUUACAUGAUGGUUGUUUAGUUUGUUGCGUUAUUUUAGGAGGGAAUAGUUGACUUUCUUUUCAUAUAGCCGAGCCUCAUUUCUUUCCCUCAUCAAGUAUACAGACUCAUUUAUCCGAUGAUUUAUUAGAAUUGAUUUGAGAAUUAAAUCAGUAAAUGGAGACACUGGAAAAUUAAGACAAAUAAUUCGCGAUGCUGAUGAAAAAAUUACAGAAAUGCGAUUAUAUUUAGAAAUUCAAUAGAAACGCAUAUCUUCUAUCCUUUUCUUCUUAGAUGUAGAAAUUCCUACGAAUAAUGAUAAAUUUAUAAAGCAUGUCGACACGAAGCGCAUUUAUUAAUUAUUUGAUUUUUAGAGUACAUUUGAAAAACUUUAAUAGCUGAUCUGCAGGAAUGGUAGCGCUAAAAAUGUAAUAUCAGGUAUACAAUUUCUGGGCUGUGACUAUCGUGUACAUGAUAACCGAAUGAAAGAAGUCGAUACGAUCUACUCAUUUAAUAAACUUAAUCGGCAUAUAUUCCAUCACCAAAAUACAUCAUGAUUAAAUGAAUGAUAAUCAUACUCAUGCUAUGUACACAUUUACAAGAAUCAAGAAUCACUUAGAUUAUGUAAAAUGAUUACGAUUUGUGACGAGUAAACGUUAUCACACGAACUUUGUUAAAAAUGAAAAUCUUAACGUUAUGUUAGGUAUAAUAUAGAUACAGAGAUGUAAUAUUCUUUUAACCGAAAAUAUUAUAUUUAAAAGUAAUAAUCGGGAUAUGAUUAAUUUAAUAUUAUUCGUUGAUUAGUACACAUUUCUUGGCAAAUUAUAUUUAAAGCGUUAGAAUUUAGAUUUAUUUUAAUUCUCAUCAAAUAAAACGACGAAAACAAUUUUAUAAAUUGAGCAAAAAAUAAGUGAGGAAUGUACAAAUAUACGUAUAAAUAAUAAUAGUUACAUUAUAUAUAUAAUAACAAGUUAUAGACACGAGACUGAUCAUUCAUUUAAAUAUUUAAUGAUACAAAGUUUGUAAUUAAAUCUUAUUCUCCCGAAUGCUGAAGAAGUAAAAUUUAUAUUUUAAAAUCUUAGCUAUUAUCAUUUUGUUAUAUUUUUUGUACUGCUAAUUAAAGUAUUAGCUUCUCCGUAAUUCUUGUUGCAACAUUAUAGGAUCUCUUAUCAAUAUAUAAUUAAAUGGGUUUUUUUUUAU